AUGGAGAGAGGCUCGCACAUUGCAUUGGCGGACGUGAAACUCGAUAUCGCGGGUUCGAGUUCCGGGAACAUCUCCACGGAUAAGCAGAGUCCGAGCAAAACACUGAGCACGUACAGUGCAUGCGUAACUGGGAUCGAUCUAGUGAACCAUGUGCUCAUUAUAUUUAUGACGGGGUUGACCCUCUGGUAUGCAUUCCAGUCAUCGCGGGUGAUGGAACUCCAUGUGAGCCUUUGUACUGUCGGGUACAUCCUACUGAUGUCAGAGGCCAUUGUCGUGCUGGCGGGUGAAAGCGUACUGACGAACUUUCUUUCCCGUCGUGCCAAGGACCACGUCCACUGGAUCCUUCAGGUUCUUGGUGUGAUCUGCAACAUAGCUGGCGUCUACUUUAUGUACGAGGUGAAGAAGGUCCAUUUCCGGUCGAUACACGCGAUCCUUGGUCUUGCGUCCCUGAUACUGAUGAUCCCGUUGACGGUGCUCGGUUAUCCGGUGCUUGUCGCGGUCAAACUACGAAAACUGAUCCGACCAGUGAUCGUCAAGUUCGGCCACAACUUGGUGGGCACGCUGUGCUUCGUGCUGGGAAUGGCCUCGCAAUGCUACGGCUACAAAAUGCGCUGGAUCGCGAACGCGUCGGACAUACCGAACGUACAACUGCUCACGAUAAUCGCGACCGCGUUGAUCACUGUGCUGUCGGUCAGGGGCUCUCUGCCGACACUCUGUGUACAAUUGAGGGCGAUAUUCAGGUAG